AUGGGAUUGACCUUUUCCAGGCUGUGUGAGUAUCGUCGCGCGAGCUGUUGACGUCUACCGUACGCGUCGUGUCGAGUUUGAGUACUGAUGCCUCUGUUGUGCUCCCCCCCUUGCCUUCGAUUCUGGCGUUCGCUCGCGUCUUUGCCCUGCCUGCCUGCCCGCCGGCUUGCCUGCCUGCUGCCCUCCUGCCCUUGCUGGCCUGGCCCGCCGCUCUGGCCUGCCUUGUCUGCCACCGUCUGCCUUGGCUUGCGCGCCCCAUCCGCCACGCCACGCCCUCACGCCCGCGCGCGCCGCUCGCUGCCCGCCUGUUUACGCUGCGCCAACCGCUCCACGCCACGUCGACAAUCCGAAUACCACCCACCCCAUCCCACCCCGUCGACUCUCCCAUUCCACGCGACUGGUGCGCUCGUCUACUCGCUCCUCAAUCCCAUCGUCUCUCAACAACUGUACACCUCAUCUACACCGACGCCUCGACAUGUCGUGCCGUAUCGCAUGCAUGCUCAUGGCAUGGUAACGACGAUGACGACGGUGACGACGCUCAGUCUCGACCCUGUUCAGCAAGAGGGAGAUGCGCAUCCUCAUGGUCGGUUUGGACGCCGCCGGUAAAACCACCAUCUUGUACAAGCUCAAGUUGGGCGAGAUCGUCACAACGAUCCCCACCAUCGGUGAGUCUUCGCCUUCUACUCAAGCCGUCCACCCUCUACGUUACGUGAUCGCUCCGACACGGUCGCUGCCAGCUCGACCGGGCCGGCGGUCGUCACAUCACGCGCGACACUGGCCCGAACGCGGAUGCUCUUGCUGCCCGGAGUCCUAUCGGCCGCACGUGUCGUAUUGCAGUGGCUUCCAUCUCGGCUGUAUGCCUACCAUAGAGGUGCCUAGGUGCAGACUGCUCGGAUGGAGCACAGCAGCACACGCGGCGGCUGUCUCCCUCCAUUCGCCACGCAAGCGCCAGCCUCGACGCACCCCGCUGCGGAGAGCGACGCGCUGACUCUUCGCCCCUUCCCCGCUAUAGGCUUCAACGUUGAGACAGUCGAAUACAAAAACAUCUCGUUUACCGUAUGGGAUGUCGGAGGACAGGACAAGAUCCGCCCCCUCUGGAGGCAUUGUGAGUAGUCGUUCACCCGACGUCCACUCAUUCUUACGCCACUCGAAACCUACCCUUACACCUCUACCGCUCCAUCUGCAGACUUCCAAAACACUCAGGGUAUCAUCUUCGUCGUCGACUCCAACGAUCGCGAGCGUGUUGCCGAGGCGCGCGAGGAGUUGCAGCGCAUGCUCAACGAGGAUGAGCUGCGCGACGCGUUGUUGCUCGUGUUCGCGAACAAGCAGGACUUGCCCAACGCGAUGAACGCCGCCGAGAUCACCGACAAGCUCGGUCUGCACUCGUUGAGGCAGAGGCAGUGGUACAUCCAGGCGACUUGCGCCACCUCCGGUGAUGGUCUCUACGAGGGUUUGGAAUGGGUGCGUUUCCCCCCACGACCUGGCUUACGGAGACAGAGAUCGCGUUUGCUAAUCACCGUAAAGGUUGUUCUCGAUGCACAGCUGUCGACGACGCUCAAGGGAAGGCAAUAG